ACGGUUUACAAAAAUGACAAGGCACUUGGAAAAAAAGGGUCAAAUCAAUUUGAAGCCGCUGCCAACAUUUUAGUGUCAGACGCCGUUGUCGUAAAUGUUUGUCGACGCAGCUCUUUGUGUGGCAAUAUUACAGCUGUUUAUAAAAAAAACAUGUCCGUGGAAGAAUUGAAUGGCUCGGAAUUGGGCACCAAAGACUACUGGGAACGUGCCUAUGAACGUGAAAUAACAAAUUAUAAAAAUAAUGGAGAUGUUGGUGAAAUUUGGUUCGAUGAAGAUUCGCAAAUGCGUGUUAUCAAUUGGAUAAUGAAGCAGGAAGACAUAGAAGAUGAUGUAUCCAUUAUUGAUUUGGGCUGUGGCAAUGGUAUGCUGUUAGUCGAACUAGCACGUGAGGGUUACACAAAUUUGCUAGGCGUAGAUUACUCUGCCAAAGCUGUGGAUCUAGCCGAAAGUAUAGCUAAAGAUCAAGACUUAAAGAUCGCAUACAAACAAGCUGAUUUAAUGGAUGUUGAAUCUUGCAAAAAAAUGGGUGAAUUUGGUAUAGUACAUGAUAAAGGUACCUACGAUGCUAUUAGUUUAUGUCCCGAAAAUCCUAAAGAAAAAAGAGAAUUAUAUAUGAAGACGGUGAGGAAUAUGAUGAAUGAGACAAGUCUAUUUAUUAUUACCUCCUGUAACUGGACCGAAGAGGAGUUAAUCAUUAGUUUUAAGGGGAAAUUUGAGAAAUUAUGUAGCAUUCCAACACCGUCGUUUAAGUUUGCCGGUAAGGUGGGUAGUGUGGUUACCUCAGUAGUAUUUAAGAAAGUUUUAGAAACUCAUUGAUGUCUUUACAAUCGAUUUUUUGUAAAUUAAAUAAAAGAAUUAUUGAAUUUUGCAGUUUUAAUAAAAUC